AUGCCGCAUUUCAAGACAGAUUUUUAUUGCCCACAGACCAGGAGAUUUCCAGCCGGAGACCCAUGGGUCGCUGGCGCAGCUGUUUUGGCCAGCGUGUCUGUUUUGGCCAGCGCAGCUGUUCUCCCCAAUCCGAUAUCUUCCAACUUGGAAGGGAGAAUGAAGACAGUCACUGGGACAACAGGGUCAUCUGCUGUAAUCACCUGUGAUCUUCCUGGAGAAAAUACCAGACACAUCCACUGGUACCUCCACCAGGAGGGGAAGGCCCCACAGCGUCUUCUGUACUGUGACACCUACAACUCCAGGGUUAUGUUGGAUUCAGAUUCCGAAAAGAAGGUGGUUCAGGUCCCUAAUCAGAAGCUUCCUGGCAGAAUGAGUCCUUGGCAGCGGCCUUACCUGCCAAAAAGCAAUAGUGCAGGGUCUCUCCUUUCCUGGCUCUCUUCUGCAGAGGACCUGCUCUCAGCUGCCACAGGAGGGCGCUGGAGAACGGGCCUGAACAGAGAGGCAGGAGCUCCUCUGCAGGUCCUCCCAGGCACCACCCCUUCUGGGAGGAAGGCUUGGGAGUCCCCUAAGACACAUCCUCAGUCACUUCCCUCUGCUUGUGGCUCAGGAAGACCUGCUCCCCUCACUGUGCUAGGGAUCACUUCCCUGGCCCCUUUCCUUCCAAGGCCCCAGAUAGGAAGGCAUGGGUGGGCACUAGCCCUGCUUCUAGCUUUCCUGCCUCCUGCCAGUCAGAUAUCUUCCAACUUGGAAGGGAGAAUGAAGUCAGUCACUGGGACAACUGGGUCAUCUGCUGUAAUCACUUGUGAUCUUCCUGGAGAAAAUACCUUAUACAUCCACUGGUACCUCCACCAGGAGGGGAAGGCCCCACAGCAUCUUCUGUACUGUGACACCUACAACGCCAGGGUUAUGUUGGAUUCAGGAGUCAGUCCAGGGAAGUUGGAUAGCUAUGCAAUCAUGAGGAGCUCGAAAUUGAUAGUGCAAAAUCUAAAUGAAAAUGAUUCUAGGGUCUACUACUUUGCCACCUGGGACAGGCACAGUGGUUCAGACCUGCCUACACCACACUGAAAUCUGCCUUGUGGCU